AUGGCUUCUAUCGAACUUGGCUGUUUUUCUAAUUUGACAUCACUACCACAAUAUACUUUGAUUGGUAAAGCACAACAUGAUGGAUUUCAGCAUUUACUACGAGUACUUGCAAGUAUAUUCACAUCAUCAACGACAUUAUUAUUCGGGAUUCCUGCACUUGCUUAUUUUGUAAAUAACAAUCUGACGUUUAUCAUACUGAGUAUGAUGGAUCCACCGACAUUUUCGGUGCUCAGCAAUUUAAAAAUUCUCACAACAGGAUUUUUCUCGUACUUGUUUCUAAAACGACAACUCAGUUCACUCCAAUGGAUUUCACUCGGUUUAUUAUUUUUUGGUACGACAAUUGCCCAAAUAAAUUAUGACCAAGAAGGAUCAUUUAAUUUGGCAACAUCCACUUUAGGCCUUUUAUUAAUAGUCGUAUUUUCAUCGAUAUCAGCCGGUGCUUCGGUGUUUACUGAGUUCGUGAUGAAAGAUAAAUUUGGAAAUGAAUCGAUACACUUACAAAAUAUAAAGCUUUACAUAUUUGGUGUCCUGCUUAAUGGAUUCGUGUAUUUAUCUCAAUCGUAUUCACAAAAGGACACACCAGGAUUUUUUGAAUCAUUGUAUCCAAUUCAUUUCUGUAUAAUAAUGUCGAUAUGCUCGAUGGGAUUAAUCACGUCGGCAAUUAUCAAAUACGCUGGAAGUAUCACCAAGGUAUACGCGGGAUCAAUGGCAAUGUUCUUUUCGACCCUUGUCAGUUACCUGUUACUCGAUUUUCAGCCGACUGUUUGGUUUUUCAUGGGUGCAUUUUUAUGUUGUAUCGCCGUUCAUAUGUAUCAUACAAGUCCUGCAGCCACCAAUAAUAAUAAUUCUACGUCUGUCGCGAACGAUCAUAUCGAUGAUCAAGAUGAUGAAAAAGAAAACCGAAGAUAUUUUGAAGAUGAAGAAAUGAGAGUGCGAUGA